GAGGUCGGCGAAAGGCGCCGAGUGACCAACCUCUUGGAAGCGCGCUCUAGGUCGGAAAGUGCGCUUCGCGAGCGCCUGGAGGCCACGGCGGCGGAGGGCGACCUCAAGGCUCGCCUCGCGUCGACGCGAUCCCAAUUGGAGGCGGUUUCUCUGGAGAGGGAUGCCUUGGCCGAGGAGCUUGACCAGUGCAUUAGCCGUCUGGGCGACCAAGCUAGAGAAGUGACGUCAGCGCUGAGGUCGAAGCAGCAAAGAGAAAUCGCGGAAAUUUCUUCUAGAUGCGAGAUCGAGAAGGAAGCGCUGCGUGAGCAGCUAAUGCUAGAAGCGGCGGAGAAGGCUAGGGAAGAGACGAGGGUCACCCUGUCGGCGCAGGAGAGGAGGAUAAGGGGGGAAGUGGCGGCCAAGGCCGCGAAGGACGCCAAGCGGAGGGACAAGCAGUUGCGGGAAGCAAAGGCGGAGGCGGAGUCGGCGGGCGAGGCCACCCGCAAGGACAUCGACAAGCUCAGGGGCUUGCACGCGAGGAGGGUGAAGCGGCUAGAGGCGCUGCUGAAGGAGGAGGGGGACAACUUAGCCGACGCCCGUCGAGAAAUAGCUUCCUGCAAAGCUGCGAUGGCGGGCGACGCCGCGGAGUUCCAGCGGUGGACGGAAAAUCACCGAAAUGAGUCGACGAAGCUUCUCAAGGAGCUGGCGGUCAUACAGAAAAAAGUGGACCGAGCAGUUGCGACGGAAGCGCAAGCGCGAGAGCGGGAAGGCCUGGCGAUGGGCCGCUUGAGAAAGGUCAUGGAGGGAGCGGAGGUCAAGAGGCAGCUGAGGGAGGCGUUGGCGGAGCUGGAAUCGGAUCGCAACGCGCAGGCUCGGCGGGCGAGAGCCAACUUGAAGCUCCAGCGGGCAGCCGAGAUUGCUCAGCAAGAGGUGGCGAUGGUCGAGUCGGAAAGGGCCAGGUGGUACGAGGAGCGAAGGUCGAUGGAGACGGCGAUGGAGCGACUAACGCGGCUCGUGUACGGGACCACGGCGACGGCCCCCUGCGGCAACACCAGCGGCGACGGCAACGCCUCCGCUGCCGCUGCCGGCGGCAAAAGCACGGGGAAGAAGGCGCCAAUUGGCUUUCCGUGGAAACCCCCCGGAGGCAUUGCUAGCAGGGGGCACGGUAGCAACGGUGGCAGCAGCGGCACCACCACCACCAGGGCAGUGUGUAGUCCGAUAGGGAUCAACGCGUUUCGCGAGAGGGCAAGUGCUUCUGUCAGAGGCGUUGAGGGCAGCAGCAGGAAGACCGCAUCUGGCGGGCAGGGAGGCAGAAGAACGGGAUAGUUUUUUUUGCGUCCGUUUGCCAAACCGUUUUGUGUUUUCUUCGUGUGCCAGCCAACCAUAUAGGCCAAACGGUGUUUGAUGUGUUAAAGAAGAACCCGGGUCUUAUGUAU